AUGGUUUAUAAUGAGAAGAUAGAUUUGUUCGAUAUAAUUGAUUUCGAUUAUAAUCCAGAAAUGUAUGAUGUCCUAUUAACAGAUGUUUUUUCCAAAGACCUGCAUGAAGAAAUUUCGGAAAUGUUAAAAACGAAAUACUUAUCAUAUUCUCCGGAUAAAGAAUUUAAAGAAGUGAACGGAAUUAUAUUUGGAAGAAAUCACAGAGUUUUCGUAUCCUUGCCAGUCAAAAUCAUGAAAGAAACAAAAAAUGUACACUUUCUUGUCGAUACCAGCUCUCCAACUAC